AUGUUUCGUGUCCCAUCUCCCACUCCACCUUCCACGCCCGGCCGCGACUACGACAGCUACCCCGAGCCUCCUCCAUCCACAACCCCAGCUGGCCAUCCGCCCGGCAUGAACAACGGCUUGUUUGGAUCCUCGCGGCCAGCCUUCAACCCCAACCACUACGAUUUCGGCGCUACUUCAUUGUUUGGAAGCUCACCGCCCAAGCAUGACCUGCUCGAGGGUGUUGGGUCGGGCGCAAUGGGCACCUCGACUGUAGGCCGACCCCAUGUCCAGCGAGGACGUCCCACCAACUCGAGCCAGUUUCGCCCAGUCAAUGGCGCGCCAAACAGACAUGCUCAGAGCACAAAUGAUGAGGACGACUACACCGAUGAGGAUGAAGAAGAGUACGACGACGAAAUGGAUGAGGAAGAGGGCUCUGAAGAGGAAGAAGAACACUACUCGCCACAACGGCGCAACAAGACACAGAACAGGUUCGCCCAGUCGACAGUAUCAAGGACGAGCGCAAACGACGUGGAGCCGGGGCCUACCUUGGUUCGGCCAGGCGCAAAGCAAACUCAGUUCGACCUCCUUGCGCUUGCAAAGGGCCUUACGUCGGACGCCGGUCGAUCGCGUCUUCGCGAACCCGACCAUCUGAUACUCGACACGGAGCUGUUGGUCGAGAAAGUGUAUGAAUCGCUGCAGUCGGACUCGCCAGAGAAAAGAACCGAGGUGGUUGGCUCUGUCGCUCACGAGUUGAUAGCAGCAUGGCGAGCCGCGUCCAAGUCGACCUCCCGAACCAACACAGACAGUGUAAUGGAGCUGUCGCAGACCACACAACUGGCAGCUCUUUUGCUAACUCUACAUCACCCUCCCCAAGUUGGACUAGACCAGCGAACCUCUGCCUUGUCCUUGGUACCAGCGCGACCUGAAUCGAAACAAUACACGCCAAUCCCGAAAGCCUUGCUCGACUGGCUGAAUAGCACAUUCGAUGGCGGCUCUGAGGUGACUGAGGUUUUGAAACAGACUGGCGGAUAUUCGAGACAUCCUUCUUUCUGGGAGGUUGUGCAUGUCACCAUUGCCCGAGGAAAAUUCGCACAAACUUUACAGCUGCUCCAGGGCGCGCAGCUUGAACACGCCGAAACAGCCGACCAUGACGGGCUGGGACGGGCUGGAUACACUGGGACGCAUCUGCAAUUUGCAAACCACGCACUUCGUCAAGCCAUUGACCUUUUGCGUGAGUGCCCUGCUAUCGCAUCAGAAGAUUGGGACAUCAAAGGACAUGAUUGGACCAUUUUCCGUCAACGUGUUCAACAAACCUCUGUUGGCUUGGAAGAGUUUGCCGAAGGCGAAAGUGUGAGCCGUCACUCGAUAUCGCAGCCCUUCCAAGCGGCCCACUUCGGCAUUUCGCAAAGUCAAGCAAGCUUCCAACUCAGCGUAGCAAGCCGGAAAGCAGAAAGCAAAGUACCAUGGUCUGUCUAUGAGAACCUGGAAAGGAUGUAUCAGCUCUUGCUCGGUAACGAGGAGGAGAUUCUUACCUUGUCGGCAGAUUGGAUUGAAGCGACAGUUGGUCUGACCAUCUGGUGGAACGGAGAAGAAGAUGAUCUUGCGCAAGGCAGUCUGGCAGCCAGCCGUCGUUCCCUGAUGCGGUCACAACGGGUUCGCCCUGUAGAUGUGACGCCUGUCAAAGCCUACUCUCAACGCCUUUCUGCUGCGCUUGCGGCGGUCAUACAAAAUAGCGACGAGGAUUUCAGCAUAAACUCCGUAGACCACUUCGAGGUGGGCCUAGCAUGCGUACUAGACGACAACGCAGAAGGCGCGCUCCAGAUUCUCCAGGGCUGGUCUCUCACAAUCGCUUCAGCAGUGGCCGAGAUUGCCAGCGCGGGAGAGUGGUUCAAGGGCGCAAAGGGCUUGUUGGAUCAAUUUGAUCAAGAUGACCUGAUGGUUCUGAGCUAUACCGAACAACAGCAGCCAAAGGGUGUGACAAAGGACGACUUGCUCGUUACCUACUCGGACCUGUUGGCAUCCAAGGGACAAAUUACAGGCAAAGAAGGUCAGGAAUCUAAAGAGGGAUGGGAGCUGGCUGUGCAGGUCCUAGGAAGACUGGAUGAUACCAUAGCAGCAAAUGAGCGUAUCGAGCGGAUACUCAAUGACCUACCUCUUGAGUCGUCAAGUCGAGUGGACAAGAUCACUCAACUGUGUCACAACCUGGGUCUUUCACAACAUGCAGUCACCAUUGCUCAGAAAUAUGCCGACCAUCUCCGCACAAAUACCGAGAGCUACGGCGACACUCUCCUCUACUAUGCCCGUGCUCACGAUGCAUCAAGAAUCCAAGAAGUUCUUCGCGUGCUAGUUGCUCACUGCCUGGUCAAAUCAAUGGCGUACCCUCCUCUGGACGAACUGGACGAAUCCCUCAGCUCACUAAUUACCUCUCCCAAGCAAGCUCUGACCAAGCUUGCCAAUACAGACUCUGAAGCCGCAUCAUUGCUCUCCAACCACCUCAGUGGCUACGCAACGAUCCGCAAGUACUACGACCUACGUGACGAAGAGGUACUUUUGAAGAAUUGCCAGAAACCAGCACAUCGGCCCAUGGCUCGGAAACGGGCUGCUGCCAAUUCACUCAUGGUCAUCAUCGCCAGUGCAGCGUCGAGCAUCCGGGGAGGAUUGUACGAUCCAGAGAUUGAGACUGUGGUCCCCGUCGAUGUCUUGCUACCGCUUCUAGGCGAGGCGCUGAUUUUCGUGAACCAGCCCAAACGCACUCUGACUCUUCGCCAUCUCUACGAUCUUCUCGCUGCCGUCGAGGACUUGGAUACUGCCCCCAGUAUGAUCCGAGCGCAGUGCGAGGAAGUGCUAAACACUACCUUGCUAUCCGCACACGACGCCAACUCUUCGCCACAAAUACCGAACCCACACAACUUCCUCACGAAAUCUACAUCCAACGUGACCACUGCUUCGAGCCAGUACUCGAUUAUUGGUUCGGCAGACUUUGGCUCCACAGACGGCCAAAGCGCCGAAGGCUCCACCGUGUUGGUCAAGGGUGGGCAUGUCGACGACAGCAAGCGCGGCUGGGACUGGCGCAAAGGCUUUCCCCAGGGCGCAAAGAGCGACGACAUCAUUGCUGUGCUGCGAGUUGGUGUAGCACGGGAGAUUGGAAGAGCGUUUGCCGAAGGCGAAGUCACUGCUUGA